CUCUAACUAACCUGACCCUUGCUUUUAUGCAACCACUCAUAACACUUCAACAAGCUGCUCUUAUGACACAGAGCCCCGGUGGUUGUCUGUGUGGAACCCUGGAUAAUUCCCAUCAUGCAGUUGGAGGCUCAGCUGCGUCUAUGUCAGAGUUGUCUUUGGUGCUGCAAGAGCGGGCUGCGUAUGAUCUCGCAGAGCUACAGACACAGAAAAGCUGUGAACUACUAUGACCUCCUGGGAGUCAAAUCUAAUGCCAGCUUGGAGGAAAUUAAACAUGCAUUUUUUGACAAGUCUAAGAAGCUACAUCCAGAUAGUGACCCAUCCAACCCAGCGCUGCACAGCCAGUUUGUGGAGCUGAAUGAGGCCUACAGAGUGCUGAGCAAGAAUGAGAGCAGGAAAGAAUACGACUACAAAGUCAGACAUCCAUAUGGUGGCGGCCAAGUCUUCAGAUCUACCUCCAGUCACACCAGCCACAGAGCCAGUACGGAUACCCAGGAGAGCCAGCGUUACUGGGAGCAGUUUAAUCAGUCUCACACACAGGAGAUGACAGCAGAGGAAUGGGAGAGGAGGAGGAGGAGGAACUACCGCCUGGUGGGCUACUGCAUCGUCACCAUGUUGCUCAGCAUUGGGGCCCACGUCGUCUUCUUCAGGAAACUGGAAGAAGUUCACACCAACUUCAUGGACGAGAAAGAUCGUGUCAUCACAGAAAUUUACAAUGAAUCCAAAGAGAGGGCUAGGAUCAACGGUUUUAAGAAACAGACCGAAAUUCUGCGACAGAAACAUGCUGACUUUUUGGAGAAAUACAAAAUCCACAACAGUGGAGAUGACAAGUAGGAGGUUCUCCAACUGCGCUCAGUGAUGACGGGAUUUAAACGGCCUGUGUACUGAAUUUAGUACAAGUUUUAGGAUUUUAAAGUUUUUAGUGAAAGAUGUUUUGGAGCGGUUUGUCCUCAGUUUUGAAGACGAGGACUUAAAGACAGACUCAUCUGGUCAUUUAGUGGUUUUUUCUGGUUCGAGCUGAACUCAGUUGGAGACUGAACUGGUUUGUUGAAGCAGUUAUAGAUGGUUGUUAAAUAUCUGAAGUUAUACGACUGUGACAAACCUCUUGGAGCCAAAAUGAACACUGAUGAACUGCCUUUACUGAACUCACAGGAACCUGUUAUUUAUCAUCCUCAGCCUCUGUUAGUAAUAAAACAGUGUCUCAUAUUUCAAGUGGAGAUGAGAGACAAAAUGUAUCGCCAAUAUCUUUCUUGCAGAAAGGAACUUGUACGGAUUAAAAUACUAUCUUUGGGCGCUUUGUAAUACUGCAGUGUUACUCAUACAGUCAAAAAUUCCACCAACAAUGGUUUCCAAGGAAACUCAUUACCCUGCAUGUUUACUCAUCCCAAUUAUAGAUCUCAACUCCUCAUUGACCCCUCCCUGGCCCUGCGUGGUGCACAUGAUAAAAGAGCCUCCACUCUUGAGAAGGAAUCUAUAAAAGAUCAACAUAAUGACUUCAGAAAAGGGACUUUUUUUGUAAUGGAUUUAUUUAUAAUCAAACUGAAUUUAAAGGUGGUUCAUAAUACGGUUAUUUCAACGUGCAGAGACAACAUAUACCAUUUUGCCUUUUAGCUUUUAUGUGUUAGAGACUUUUGUUCUUUUCCUUUUUUGACUGCUUUACGUCUACGCUUAAAGGAUUUCAUAACAAGACAAUUAAAAGAUCAACUUGUUCUCAUCAAUCA